CGCCAGGGGCAGCAGGCACGCGCGGUGCGGGCCGGUGCGCCUGACGCAGCCGGCGCCUCGAUCCGCCUCCGCCUCCGCUUGUUGGCCGAGCUCGAGGCGCUGGCGCUGAAUCGCGUGCGCCCUCGGAGCGAGAUGAGCGACGCUCCGAGCGAGGCAUGCUGAUGCCUGCAGAUCUCCGCACCCAUCCUCACCGCCCUUCCCAUCCAUCUCGGCUCGUCUUACCCACACACCACACCAAGGGCCACCACGCAGCUCUACGCGCACGGCAAGCGACGCAAGAGGCCACCAUGCUCGCGCUGCUUCGUCGCUAAGCCCGCCGCAGCCGCCAGCGUCGCCCUCCACCCUCCUCUCCCCAGCUCGAGCUGGCCCACGCCAUGGCGCUCGCACAGCCGCGCCGCGGCCUUCCCGGCGGCGGAUGGCUCUCCAUGGUGCCCGAGUCCGACGACCGCCUCGUGUCGCCGCCGCAGCUGCCGCCGCCGCCGCCGCCUCCACCCGUCGCGCCGGCCGCCUCGCUGCUCGCGCCGGCAGCCGGCACCUCGACGCGCGACGUGUGCGCCGCCGCCGCCGCGGCACUGCCGUACGCUCCGCACGCCUCGACGAGCUACACUGCUGCGGCUGCGCUGCGCACCAGCGGCAGCUCCAGCCGGCGCGGCGGCGCCAAGUUCGAAGUGGGCGCGCCCGACUCGUCGCAGUGCCCCACGCCCUCCAGCGGCGCACGUUCCAGCGACGCGUCGCCGGUGCCCUUUGACGUGCGCAGCUCCUUUGCGCCCCUGCCGCGCUACGGCCAAGGUGCGGGCUCUGCCCUGCGCCCGCGCGCACCGGCGCUGCAGGCUGCGGCGCAGCGCAAGCGCGACACAGACGACGACGGCCAGGGCAUCGAGUAUGCCGGGCGACGCUGGAAGGGCAAGACGGCACAUGCCGUCGAGCUGGAGAUGGAGCAGCUGGGAGACCGCACGGUGAUGAGCUACGCGCCCGACGCAGUCUAUCUCGCAAGUCGCCUCGAGGGCCUGAAGCGCAAUCUCGAGGCGCAGGACUGGGAGCGCAAGCCGCGCUACCUCGCCUGGUCCGACGAUGAGGACGAAGGCGCGGCAGAGGCGAAGAGCAAGACGCACAGCCCGGCCGCUGCAGCUGCAGAGGCGCCGGAUCUGGAGGACAUGGCACUCUCCGACGACGACGAUGAUGGCGACGUCGACAGUGUAGGUGCGCAGGGCAGCCCCAGUCCGCUGCACUCGCCGGGCGGCGAGGAGGCGCCAGCGACCGCGGAGAGCAAGCCGUCGGCGGCAGCGCUGCGUGCCAUGUCCAACGCCUCGACGCGCACCUGGCGCGAUGCCGACGGCCAUGCCACGGCCGACUUGCUGCGUGCGUCGCGCGGCGGGCUGCUGCGCCAGCAUCAUGCGGCGCACGACGAGCUGCACACGCUCGAGGGCAGUGCGCUGGUCGACGAGUCGGAGGAGGAGAGCCUCUCCGAAGCACCGGCGCCUGCGCCGACAACCCAGGCGAUCGACCCGGCAGCCAAGCAGGCGGCGCUCGAUGCGCGCCUCGACAUCCGCAUGCUGCGCCGCCCAGACCUGGAGCAGGUGCGCGAACUGCACUGCCUGCACGGCGAUGUCGAUGCCAAGGUCGACUUUGACAGUUACACGACAUCAGCUGGCUUCCUCAUCCGUCUGCUCGUCGACGAGAAGCACAUCUGUCUCGUGGCGGUUGCUCGACCAUUGCCAGAGCCGGCAGCAGCGUUGCCGACGGGCGCCGCACUGCUGCCUUCGUGCCCGCCGCCGUCGCUGGACAUGCCGCCCUCGCAGUCGGCGUAUCUGCUGGCCAACCGAGGCAUCGCAGCCGCCUCGCCCUACCUGGGCGGCAUCGCCGGCGGCGCCACGCCGCGGCGCUUCAGUCUGGCCCACGGCUGGGGCGCCCCUGGCACCGCCGGGCCUGGCUCCUCGAGCAAUCGCAGCACCAAUGGCAACGAGGCCUCGUCGCUCUCCAGUCCGCCAGAGAGUGCAAGCUCCACCUCGCCCGCCGAUCCCACCGCGCCGCAAGUGCGCCUGCAUCCCGCUCCGGCCACGCGCGCCGCACCACCAGCAUCGUACGCCGCAUCGCACUCGAGCCGGCUUGCGCCCGCCGCGCCGCCGCCGAGCAUCGAUGUGUCGCAAGUCGAGCGCAGUGGCGCCAAGGUCUCGCCUCCCGCCGAGUCUAGCGCGCGCCACAGCAACGACGACGCAUACAAGAACGUCCUGGCCGGCCCGACCAAUGCCGUGGCGCCGCCGCGUGCCGUGCGCGUCAUGGCUGCACCGCCGCCUGGCGGCCUGCUCAACCGCGACGCAGAGACGAUCCUCGGCGUCGCCAGCGCGCACAUUACGAGCAAGGCCGUGCCGCCGUCUGCCGGCGGCGGGCUCUGGCCCGGCCUCGAGGCGGACGCCGAGCCGCGCAUGCCGCAUCUCGAGGCGCAUCUCAUCACGCUGGCAGUGGCGCACUCGGAGCGCGGACAGGGUCUCGGUGCGAGACUGCUCGAUCUGCUGCUCAAGGAGUGCAAGACGCGCGCCUGCGCGCUCGCCGCCAAGCCUCGCCGGCGCGGCUCCGAUGCGCAUUCCGACGCCCACCAGCCGAAGCUGACGGCCGAGGCACUGGCGGCGCUGCCGAUGCGUGUGACGCUCGAGGUGCACGCGUCCAACGCCUCGGCGCUGGCCCUGUACGAGAGCAGAGGCUUCACGCGCGUCCAGGGUGUGCGCGGCACCAAGCCCAAGUACUACCAGGGCGACCCGCGCAUUCCGGUGGCCGAACGCCUCAAGAUCGGCGGCACCGACGCUUGGGUGCUCGAGCGCACGGCGCCGUAGGGCGCGGCCCCGCUGCGGCCUGCGCCUUCCUCUCUUCUUCCCACGGCAUUCGCCGGCUCGUCGCCUCGACAUCGACGUCGACUCUCGUUCCCUCGCACUCCAGCCUCCCAUCAUCUAAUCUCUUUAGACGCCCCUCACUCGCUUCUUCUCGUCCCACUCUCUGUCCAGCCGCACAUGCCCCUCUCGCUCUCCUCGCCAUACCAGCCCCUCGCUCGAGCUCUUCGCGAGCCGUCUGUGCGCACGCAGGUGCGCCUGCAAUGUACAGCACCGCCUGUCCGUGAUCAGUAGAUGGUCGUCAUUAGAGCAGGCGCGGGCCGUGAGAGAAGCAAGCAGGGGUCGUGAAGCCAGAAGUCGAUAUCGAGUGGGUAUGGAGACGGGAGCGAGGGCACGAUGCGAGACCAGAGAGAGGCAAGUGGGCAGGAGCGACGGCGGCAGGCAGCACCUCAGUUGUCCUCGAGAAUG